CUGAAUGUGGUCUGCUCAGUUGGCAGACCUAACGUAACCUAUUGCCUAGGCUACGAUAGGUUUAUUCAGAUCCCUUCACGCCAACAAAGUAGCCUAACCUAUGAAGAUAUCGUCCCUUUCAUCGAAACCGCAGUAUAUUUGACCCAUUUCUUCAGAUGUCUGCCAGAGGAUAUGAUUCAGUCUGGAACAGACCCAACAGGACACACCAAAGAAGCAUUGUCAGUGGUGAGUGAGGAUCAGUCAUUGUUUGAGUGUGCCUACGGACAGUCAAGUCAUCCCAAGACCAAUAUGACUGCAUCUUCUGCCAGUGAGUAUGGCCAGACCGCCAAGAUUAGUCCCAGUGUCCACCCACAAGACUGGCUAACCCAGCCGCUGGCCAGAGGCAGCAUCAAAAUGGAAUGCAACACCAGCCAAGUCAAUGGCUCCAGGAAUUCUCCAAAUGACUGCAGUGUGGGGAAAGGACCAAAGCACAGCAGUGGAAGUGAUGGUGUGCCAGUGAACUAUGGCAGCUACAUAGAGGACAAGCACAUCCCUCCCCCAAACAUGACCACCAAUGAGCGUCGUGUCAUUGUGCCUGCAGACCCCACCUUGUGGACAACAGAGCAUGUAUGUCAGUGGCUUGAAUGGGCAGUGAAAGAGUACACCCUGCUGGAGGUAGACAUAUCCCUGUUCCAAAACAUUGAUGGCAAGGAGCUUUGCAAGAUGACUAAGGAGGACUUCCAGAGGCUGACCCCAACCUACAGUGCAGAAAUCCUGUUGUCACAUCUUCACUACCUCAGAGAGACUCCACUUCCUCACUUGACUUCAGAUGAUGUUGACAAAGCCUUGCAAAACUCCCCGCGACUAAUGCAUGCCCGUAACACAGGAGGUGCAAGCUUCAUUUUUCCAAAUUCUCAAGUUUAUUCUGCCGACAGCACCCCAAGGCUUCCUGCAAGGCCAGACUUGGCAUAUGAAGUGGCGAGACGAUCAGUUUGGCCAUCCCAACCAGCAUCUACCUCCAAAAGCCCUCAAACCCCAUCAGCCAUUGUGACAAAAGCUGAGGAACAGAGACCUCAAUUAGAUCCUUAUCAAAUCUUAGGACCUACAAGCAGCAGACUUGCAAACCCAGGCUCUGGGCAAAUACAACUCUGGCAGUUUUUGCUGGAGCUGCUUUCAGAUAGUUCUAACUCAAAUUGCAUCACUUGGGAGGGCACCAAUGGAGAAUUCAAAAUGACCGAUCCAGAUGAGGUGGCACGACGAUGGGGGGAGCGCAAGAGUAAACCCAACAUGAACUAUGACAAGCUAAGUCGUGCCCUGCGCUAUUAUUAUGAUAAGAACAUUAUGACCAAGGUGCAUGGCAAGCGCUACGCCUACAAGUUUGACUUCCAUGGCAUUGCUCAAGCUCUGCAGCCUCAUCCUCCAGAAUCUUCCAUGUACAAAUAUCCUUCAGACUUGUCCUACAUGAGCACUUAUCAUGCACACCAGCAGAAGAUGAACUUUGUUUCCCCCCACCCUCAAGCACUGCCCGUUACCUCGUCAGGCUUCUUUGCCGCCCCUAAUCCAUACUGGAACUCUCCUGCUGGGGCCAUCUACCCCAGCACUCGACAUCCAGCUACACAUAUGCCCUCCCAUCUGGGUACUUACUACUAGCAGGUGCAGGGCACCACACUGAAGGAUGUCAUCAAAAACAAAGAGCCUCGAUCUGGGUAAUGUAGUCAGGCGUGUGCAUAAUUUGUAAGGAAACAAAAUGGAAUGAAAUGGAAAUGAAGGGAAAUUACACAGUACAAGAAAGCUAAAAAAAAGUGAGACUAAGUUAGGGUGGACUGUUGUUAAUGCUUAGGACAUUGGAAGAAGGGACAUGAAAUAUUGUACCAAGAAAUUCCAUUUGAGAAAAUAUUACUUGUGGACAACAAGGAAUGUGAAAUAUGAAAGUUGGUGGAUGUUGAUGUGAAUGUUGGAUGCUUGCCAGUUUUACAUUGCAUUUAACGCUGCAUUGUUCAUAAAUAUGGCAGUUAGCAAAGAGGUUAAAUCAUAGCUGCAUGAACAGUUACACAGUAUUAUAUACAUGUAGUAUUACACUACCUUAUUUAAGUUAUUUGGAAAUGCAGUAAAGUGAAGUUUGUUAUAGAAAGAAAUUAGUGCCCUUUUUAUAUAUGGAGUGGGAUAGAGACGACUGUAGUUUCAGUGUCAGUAAACUGUGAAACAAUCACUUGCAGGAUAUGUCAGGAGGUUACUGUCAGGAAGUCAAGACAAUGAAAAUGGUGAAAUUCAGUCAGAAAGUUUGAAAACAUGUGAAUUUAAGUGUUUUUCAUUUGAACUGCCAAAUAUUUUAUCAGUAUUAUUUUAUGUUGCAGUUCAUAAGGCAUUAUUGAAAGUAAAGGUGGUUUAUGUGAUUGUCCAUCUCAUUGGGUAUGCCUUGAAAUGUUACAUUCAGUGUUGUGAUAAAGAACUGGAAUUUGGAGGCUUUAUGUAAUGCUAUACAUGACCUCAAAUCUCUCUCUCUCUCUAUCUCUCUCUCGGGUGGGGAGGGGUGAGAUUGAUGUUUUUGGUCAGUGCCUUACUAGACAUAACUCAACAUACAGCCAAAGAAAAUUACAAAAGUACCAACUUUGUAUUUUUAUUAUUAUUAUUAUUAUUGUUAUUAUUAUUCUGAGUCGCGAACGCUGUGCGUUUGUUAGUGUUAAGUAUGCAAUUAAGUGUUAUAAUCCUUAUGAUAGAUAUAUAACUUAUGCAUUUAACUUUAUGAGUUGAUCUCAACCAGCAAAGGGCAGUCAAUUUUGUAAUAGAUUUUGAGAAGAUAUUGAAACUGACCAAAGUUGGCUUAAUUGUCCUGGCCUUUGAACUCUGAACUUGAAGUUCUGUGUAUGCAGGUGUUUACAACACAAAUCUUCAUAUAUAUAUAUACUAAUAUAAAAGAAGAGACCUGGCAUGUUAUUUCUGACCUGCUCAGCAUUACAGUUUAUUUUAUGUUUUAGAACACAAAUGCUAUGUUAAAGCAUAAUAUACCUAGUAACUUAAAAUGUUGGACAGAAUUUACAAAGGGAAGAAACCAUAUUCAUGGAUAAAUUAUAUGAUUUUUAUAUUGCCAUUCCAAUAAACAAUAUGU